CCGCCAGAUUUUAUUUCUUUAUUUAUUGUUGGCUUUUAUUUCAGUUUUCCUGGUUUUUUUUGCUCUUUAAUUUUUUCGUUCAUUGUUCUCGUGUUUUAAUUAUGAUCAUGUUCGGCGUCUACUGUUGAUAUGUACUAAUCAUCAGACUUUGAUUCUGCAAAUAUUGUGUUGGAGCAUUAAAUGCCAUCAUCAUCUUUCAAAGUGACUCUCUGUACAUUGGUGAAUUUUUAACACGUGAAAAGAGAGCUGCUGUGUUUUUGUUUAUUGUUGAUUAUGAUAAUGCCUGGAAAUUAUUGACUAUUGAUAAUUACUUUUCCACUUCGACUUUGGCUUUGCAGUCUAUCACGUCCAAUAUUCAGCAAUUCGGAUAGUGGAAAAAAUGUGAAAGAAAAAAAAGGUUUACUAAGAUUGGCCGUUAGCUGGUUUUGUUGAGCUACUCUAGAUAAGGAAUUAAGAUUUUAAGUCCUUGAGUCCAUCCGUUUUGGAUUUUAAACUGUGAACAAAUCAGCAAACCAUGGAAAGCCAGAAAACAGCAAAAUAUACCUGAAAAAACUUAAUUUAAAAUGGCAAAAAUUAUCAAGUUGAACAAUAAAGUGGCCAGUGAGGAGAAUUGGAAAGACUGGCAAUCAAGAGCAUAAUUUUACAACCACCUUCAUAGCCAUUAACAUGAAGCUUAUCAACAACUGUUCUUCCUUAUCAGUGAGAAAAACACAGUCGAGUUAAAGGUCAACUUGGACGAAAAAUGGCCUAGUCCUCUAAAAUAGUUGCUCAAAAAGUGCAAUUAUCGAAAGGAUUUGAACGAAACAACCCAAACACAAAACACACAAAAGACAAUGGCAUUGAAAAAAACAACAACUAAAUAUUAACGUUAUUAUAUUAUUAAAUUAUAAUUUAGCCUUUAGCUGCUAAAUGAUGAUGAUAAUAAUAUUAUUGGUUAAUAAUGGCUCAAGCAGCAACAAUGAUGAUCGGAAAACCUAACAGAUUGUUAAAGAUGCGAAAUUGCUGUAAAGUAAAUAAUUAAGUUAACAUCAAGUUAACAACAGUAGUCGUACAGUUUGCUGUUGUUGUUGUAGCAGUUUUUUCUGUUCGUUUUAUGUACAAAAAACCAAAAUGUAUAUAAAACACAAAUACGGGGAGAUACCAAGUCAAAUGACCUGAAUCGCGAAGUGAAAAGUUAAAUAAUUUUAAUAUAUUUUGAUUUGAUUAUUAAUUUUAAAUUACUAUCAUCAGCUGAGUGAGUAGAAUGAAGAAGGGAAAGCUAAGGAGCAAGUAAAGUGAGUGAGAUAGUGAGUGUGAGAGGGUUUGUGUUUAUUAAUCAAGAUAAGUUAGUGAGUAGAAAGUGAACAUGAAAAACGUGAGUCCCAAUAAAUAAUGAUAAUGUUUAACUUUAAUGAAAAAUCUUAAACCUUCAUUCAGCUCCUUCAUUUGACUCCUUCAUCUUCUUCAUCAUCUUUAUCUUCAUCUAACCUUCUUAGUUGUCUUCUUCUCUGUAUUGGAUGAAUCAAGGAAGCUGGAUGAUUGUUUAAAUGUUGAAAGAGACGCAAUUUGAACAAUCAAAAAGGGAUUGAUAUUUUUCAUUUACCAUUAGUUUGUGUCUUUUGUUUGGUUGUUUUGUUUCAUUUCAUCCUUUAUUCACCCCUUAUUAUUAGCGUUCAACAAGAAACUCAAUUUAUUAAUAACUUUGAUUCAGUCUUCUGUGAUAUUAACAUCAAGUCAACACUACUAGUGAUCACCAUCUCUAUUGGAUUACCAGUUUGUUUCUCGCCAUCAACUAAGACAAGACAAAACCAUCUUUUAAACAUUGAUUGCUUCUAAUAUUUUAUUCAACUGUUCCCAAGUCAUCUAUUCAUUUAAAUCAAUCAACUUUACCAAUUACCAACUCAACUCCAGUCAAAUAACAAACACUUUAUCCAAAAACAAAAAUGCCAAGAACAAAUGAUUUAACCUCAGUGAUUCUUGGUUCAAGUCGAUCAAGUUUCGUCAAUACAAUUUGUAAAUUUGUCCGAGAUGUUGAUGAAAUGAAUGAGACUGUCAUGAUUCCAUCUCUAUUGACUGAUUUAAAUAACAAUUCAUCUACACAACCAUCAACCGAUUUGCCUGAAUGUUUCGAUCUACAAACACUUCAUCAAUUACUUAAUCGUCUAAAAGAUGAAUUAACAAUAGCUCGAUUUGAAGAUGAUCAAAGUAAAUCUUGCAACUUUACCUCUGCCAAUAAUAUUUUAUCUAUCAAUAACUGUAAUAAUAAUAUUAACAACAACACCAACAACAAUAGAAACAACAACCAGAUUAAUGUAAAUUCAAAUGUAUCAACAACAGGAGGAACACCAUUAAGGAUAGCUGAAGGUGAUCUUAGCGGAUUGAGCAAGAAAUUGUCCUCUUCAUGCAAAUGUUCAGAUUCAGAUGAUGGUUUCUCUUCAUUAAACAGCUACAGUAGAAACUCUGACGAUGAAUCGACCGGUUCUUCUCCCUCUUCUGAUUCAGACUCUGAAUGCUGUUCAUCAUCAUCUUCAACAUCAUCAUCAACUCCAAAUCAAUCCCGUGAAAAUGAGCCAUCAAUUGCCGAAUCUUCACCCGAAUAUAUUGUUAAUCUACUUCGACUUCACAUACAAGGAAUUCAAUCAAUUUUAACUCGUUUCUCUAAAAGUGCUGAUCAAAUAUCAGAAUCAUACAUUAAUUCAAUCAAUUAGCUGUCCAUAGACUCACAUCCAAACCCAAUGGCGGCAAAAUUGGUCAAACCUGAAUACGAUAUUCAUAAACAUUUUGCCGAUCCAUUUUGUCAUCAAAUUCAACUAUUUUUUGUUUGCCUCACUAUUCUUACCUACAAACAAUCAAUUUAUAUGUUUAAAUUUAAACAAAUGCUUCUUAUUUUUACCUUUGAAUUGUAUCAACUGUUUGUUUCGUUUGAAUUUAUUAAAAAAAGGAGACACAAAAAUUCAAAACAGAAA